GGUUACGGUUUCUAUGGUUUCUGUUACUCGAAAACAGCACUUGUUGCCAUGACAAUAAGGAACAGGAUCCAGCGUCCGCUUCCCUUUUUCGUCGGCCGAGUCUAGAGCAGCUGUCUGGGAUUUCAUUAAAGGUAAAACCAGACUCCAAACCCGAUGUCAGUCCACCAUUACGCUCGGCAUUCCCGAACGGUGGGAAACGUCGAUUUAUCAUAAUGGAAAUCCCUCUUUUGAGCGCCUGACGGAGAUAUUUAAAUCGGAAUGCAGUCGGCCACGGCGGGCCAAGGCUAUGGUGACUCCGCGGGUUCAGCCACUGGUUCAGAGGUGCAGGUGUGCUUCCCCAGUGUGCAGGCCUCAGUGCUGGACAGCCUGAAUCGGCAGCGUGAAGAAGGCCAUCUCUGCGACCUCUCCAUCCACGUUCAGGGCCAGGUGUUCAAGGCCCAUCGGUGUGUGCUGGCUGCAUCGUCACCUUACUUCCAUGACCAGGUACUGCUGAAGAACAUGUCCACUGUCUCCAUCCCAGCCGUCAUGGACCCACUGGCCUUUGAGAGCGUCCUCAGUUGCGCGUACACCGGCCAGCUGCGAAUGCUUCGCGAAGACAUCGUUAACUACCUCACCGUUGGCAGUGUACUUCAAAUGUGGCACAUUGUGGACAAAUGCACUGAGCUCCUCAAAGAGGGCAGGGGAGGUUCCAGUGGACCUCAGGGAUCCAGAGACAAGGAGAGCGCAGGGCAGAGCGGCGGCGCCAACAAGGUCGUCCAAGAGGACGGAGGAGACGCACCUUCGACUCCUCAACCUCCCAGCCGACCUUCCUUCAGCGAGAGCCAGUCCCCGAGCAGCACCAAUUACUUCAGUCCUAGAGAUGCAAACUUUGGCGGGGCGAUGGUGACCACUGGAGCAGUAGGAGAGGGUGCCGUACACUCCACCCCAACCUACUGCAUGCCCUCCAGCGGAGAGGAAGGUUUCAUGAUUGAAGAAGAUGAAGAAGAUGACGACGAGCUCUUGUUUCACAGGAAGAGAGAUCAAGGAGGCAAGCAGAAGUGCGCAACCUCUGCAUCCGGUCAGGAGGUUGGGGUGAGCGACAGUUUUGGAGUUUCGUCAUAUCAAGAUGGAGAUUCCUCACCACCGCAGAAGCGGCCGUCGUACAGUCAGCCGAGCAUCAUGCCAAGAAAACAGUGGGUGGUGGUAAAGACGGAGCACUCGAGAGAAGACGAUCUGAUCGUGGUGUCUGGAGGAGAGGAGGGAGGAGAGGAUGAAGAGGAACGAGAGCUGGAGAUGGUCAGAGUGAGGGACAGGACAUUUAACAUAUCAAAUGUUAGGACCCUCUCUGGACUCAGAGAAGAUGCUGAAAUGGAGGCACAGGCUGACUAUUGCCAGUCCUCGGAAGACUACCUCAAGUUUGAGAGGGGUUUGACCGACCAGACGUCCUCUCAACACCCUCCUGAGAAUCCCGCUCAAUGCUCCAGUAGGGCCGUGACCACCCUGCUCGGCUCGGUUCAGUCGACGGCCGCCAGAGCUCAGCUCUUCCCUCUGAACAUGCAGGGAAACCAGAUUCUCCUGUAUAAUCAAGCUGCCCUAGAGUCAACAUCUCCAUUAGGGCUCGCAGGAGGCAUGUCCGGGGUGUCUCUAAAAGGGAGCCUCGAACACGGAGCGGUACAUUUACCUGGCCAAAGUGCAUUGGGUAGCGGGAUGGAAGGAUUAGACGGCAGCGCGGCUGGCAAUUCAGGCAAGGUCUUCAUGUGUCAUUGUGGGAAGACGUUCACACACAAGAGCAUGCGGGACCGGCACAUCAACAUGCACCUGGACCUGCGGCCCUUCCACUGCCCCGUCUGCGCCAAGAAGUUCAAGAUGAAGCAUCACCUCACCGAGCACAUGAAGACCCACACCGGUCUGAAACCCUAUGACUGCCACGGCUGUGGGAAGAAGUUCAUGUGGCGCGACAGCUUCAUGAGGCAUCGCUCGCAUUGCGAGAGAUGCGGCAGGGCCAAUGGAAGAUUGGGAUCCGAAGGAUCGGUCAUCUCUCUGCCACAUCACAUGAAGCUCCCGUCAGCCAACGAGAACAAUCAAGGUAGCGUUGGCGCCAGAAGCGGGAUCCCCGUUUUGUCUCCGCAACAUUCCAUGAGCAGCAAUGGCGUCUCUUGUCUCAAUAUGGCCGCCUCUGGGCCUCUUCUAGGAAUCAGUUCUCAAAGCGGGCCGCAUGGCCUUGGUUCUGGCGUUCUGGGCAUUGGUGGCAAUCGUAGCGGGUGUGUGGAAGAAGUCUGUGAGGGAAACAUUGAUGAAAGCAGCGUCACAUAAGAAAUUUGCCUCUGAGAUCACCGUCCCGCAAAACCAGAACACUUGUCUUCGAUUUUAAAGGACUAUGUGCACAGUUGUCUGAUUCUUUACCUCAUGUUGGUGAGUGCGCCAUACACGAUGUCCCAUUUGUAUUUGAAAAUAAUACCAAUGACCAAAUGCCCAUUGCUAGCUCACGUCGAUGGUGACUGUCAAAACCGUAUCCCGGCCAGGAAUAUGGAUUAGUUGCCAUCACGUUCAAGCUGCCUCACUAGCACAGAAGAUUCCUUCACUGUUGCUCUGAAGUGCCAUUCUGUUAUUAUGCUGUACGAUAUUAUGUUCUACAGAGUUGUGCAUUACUGUAACUCAUUUGGUCCAUUCUUGAUGUGAAGUUUUAUUGUACUGUCACCCAACUAUAUACAGUAUAUUCACUCUCAAAGGUUUUAAUGUUUUAAUUUCUUAAAUAGGAGACAAGAAUAUAACUUGCUCUGCACUUUGGUGUCUUAAGGCCCAUUCACACCAAUAACAAUAACUAUAUCGAUAACUAUAAUGGCUCAUUCGUAAAAAUGGUGAUAAUCAUAAAGGCUUGUUUGCAAAAAGGGACAAUAACUAUAACGAUAACUAUAAAGGUCUGUUCACAGCACAACGGACAAUAACUAUAACGAUAACUCUAACGGCUCGUUUGCAAAAAGGACAAUAACUAUAAAGGCUUAAUUCACAAAAAAGGAUAACUACAACGAUAACUAUAAAGGUACGUUCACACAAAGGACAGUGACUAUAACAAUAACUAUAAAAGCUUGUUCACAAAAAAGGACGAUAACUAUAAAGUUAACUAUAAAAGAUCAUUGCAAAAAGGAUGAUAACUAUAACGACUUAAUAAUGAUAAAGGCCUGUUCACACAAAGGACA